GCGAGCGAUAACCGGCUCAUACGUUAUGCGACUGGGAUGAUAAGUAUCAUAUUCUCUACCACCAUGGCACCCUCCGCUGUCCAAGCCGAACCAACGGCAACCCCACAAUCAAAGCAACUCAACUCCAAAUCCAAAGACGAUGUAGUUAAGGAAUUGACACCUCUGCAAGCCAUCUCGCAGGGUGUCUGUCUUCCUGGAAUCCCACUCUUUUCCUCGUACGACAAGCACCGAGCAUGGAUUCUGUCUCACAUGGCCGGCGCCUUCCGCAUCUUCGCCCGCAACAACCUAACGGAAGGAAUGUCGGGCCACAUCUCUGUUCGCGACCCAGAGCACCCGCACACAUUCUGGACAAACCCCCUGGGCAAGCACUUCGGCCUCCUAAAAGCCUCCGACAUGGUCCUCGUCGACUACUCGGGCGCCGUCGUCGGCGGUUCCCAAGCCCGGCCCGCCAACGCUGCAGGUUUUCUAAUCCACUCCGCUAUCCACAAGGCGCGUCCGGAUGUGAAUGCCGCGUGCCACUGCCACGGCCGGGCAGGCAAAGCGUGGAGUGCGUUUGCGAAACCCCUCGAAAUGAUUAAUCAGGAUGUGUGUUAUUUGUAUGGCGAGGCACAGGCGGUGUAUGAGGAUUUUGGGGGAGUGGUUUUUACGGAGGAAGAGGGGAAGAGGUUGGCGAAGGCGUUGGGGCCAAAGGGGAAGGGCAUGGUGUUGAGGAAUCAUGGGUUGCUGACGGUGGGAGGAACAGUCGAUGAAGCAGCCUUCUUGUACGUCCUCAUGGAGCGCUCUUGCGACGUGCAGCUUAGGGUUGAGGCGGCGGCUGCAAACGGCAUUCCAAAGGUGCUGGUGGAUGACGAGGCGGCAGAGUAUACCUUCAAGAUGUCGAGUGAUCCUGAGAGUUUGUACUGGGAAUUCCAGCCGGAUCUGGAGUACGAGUAUGAGAUGAGUAAUGGCGCGUUUAAGCACCCGGAUUGCGAUGAGGUUAUUUGGCCGGGGUAUUGA